AUCGGCGGCGGCGACGCAGCCGGGGCUGCCGGUAGCCAAUCGGUGCGUGGCUUAGUGACCGCAGGGGAGGGGAGCGGGCAAGAUGGCGGCGCCGGGAGAGGUGGCGGGCGCGGGGGCUCCGUCGCAGCCCGAGGUGGCCGCGGGCUCCGCCGCCGUGGUGCUGCCGGAGCGGCUGCAGCGCCGGGAAGCGGAGCGGCAGCAGGGCGUGGAGCGGCAGCGGCAGAAGAAGGAGGCGCAGGUGGUGAAGGAGGAACAGAGCGAGUUCUUCCUGGCCGCCUUCGCCCGGGAGCGGGAGGCCGUGGAGGGGCUGCUGGCGGCGGGCGCGCUGGAGGAGGCGGCCGGCCGCCUGCAGGCGCUGCAGAAGCUGCUGACGGGCAGCGUGCGGUUCCUUGCGCCCUACGAGGUGCGGCAGGGGCAGGAGGCCGUUGCGCGGCUGCAGGGGGACUUGGCGGCGCGGAGGCAGCAGCUGCAGCCCAAGAAGAAAUUCGCCUUCCGUGCCCUCAAGAAAGAAGCGGCCCCGGGCAGCACCCCGCGCCUCGCCGAGCCCGCCCCGCCGGCCCCCGCCGCGCCCGGCCCCGGCUUGGCCGAGGGGGAGCCGGGCGGGGAGCCGCUGUGCGGGUUCAGCGGCGCCCAGGACGCGGAGCUGGAGCUCGGCCCCGCGGAGCUGCGGCAGCGGGACGUGCUGUUGUCGGAGCUGCGCGGCUGCCGGGUGCGGCUCCGCGGCAACCCCAACACGCUGCGGGUGCGCGACUGCCGCGGCUGCACCGUGCUCUGCGGGCCCGUGUCUACCUCCGUGAUGGUGGACGGCUGCAGCGACUGCCUGCUGACAGUGGCCUGCCAGCAGCUCCGCACACACCGCACCCGCGGCUGCCGCUUCUACGUGCAGGUGACCAGUCGGGCCGUCAUCGAGGGCUGCUCUGAGGUCUCCUUCGCCCCCUACUACUGGAGCUACCCGGGUAUCGAGAAGGAUUUCGAGUCGUCCGGGCUGGACAGAGACAGUAACAACUGGAACCUGGUGGAUGACUUUGACUGGCUGGCGACUGACAAGCCUUCGCCCAACUGGAGCCUGAUCCCCGAGCAGGAAAGAAUCACUUGCUGGGACUGACUGCGGAGGCAGCUCUGUGCUGUGGAAGAGAUCCUGGUGUAAACGCAUGGAUUCACAAACUGCGGGACUUGAUCUCCGCUAUGCCAUUAAAUGAUUCCGUUUGGUAUUUAAGUUGUGAA